GGCCUGGCUCAGCUGGCUGGCUGACUCGAUCCAUUCAAGCCCGCCCGAUAACUUUUUUUUCCCGUGCAUAGAGAGAAAGCAAGUUACUCCAACCAACCCUUUCUUUCUCUCUCUUUACCAACUCUUUCUUUUUAUUUCGCCAGUCCGGGUCUUGACGUCGAGACUUUCUCGACCACCCGCUUAUCACAAUGGCGAUUCAAAAGAAGCACGGUAAAGGUCGUUUGGAUAAGUGGUAUCGCCUUGCGAAGGAAAAGGGAUACAGAGCUAGAUCUGCGUUCAAGUUGGUCCAGCUCAACAAGAAGUAUGGUUUCUUGCAGAAGAGCAAGGUCCUCAUCGAUCUUUGCGCGGCGCCCGGUGGUUGGUGUCAAGUCGCUGCAGAAUGUAUGCCCGCCCAGAGUAUCAUCGUCGGUGUCGAUCUUGCUCCCAUCAAGCCUAUUCCCCGUGUGAUCUCGUUCCAAGCCGACAUCACGACCGACAAGUGUCGCGCCACCCUUAGACAACACCUGAAGCACUGGAAGGCGGAUACGGUCCUUCACGAUGGUGCCCCCAACGUCGGUACGGCGUGGGCGCAGGAUGCCUUCUCCCAGUCCGAGCUAGUGCUGCAGUCCAUGAAGCUGGCGACCGAGUUCUUGGCCGAGGGCGGUACAUUCGUGACCAAGGUUUUCCGGUCGAAGGAUUACAACCCCCUGCUGUGGGUCUUCAAGCAGCUCUUCACCUCGGUCGAGGCGACGAAGCCCCCCUCUUCCCGAAAUGUGUCGGCCGAAAUCUUCGUCGUCUGCCGCGGCUACAAGGCCCCCAAGCACCUGGACCCCAAGUUCCUCGACCCUAAGCACGUCUUCGCCGAGCUCGCGGACCCGACCCCCAACAACGAGGCCAAGGUCUUCAACCCGGAGAAGAAGAAGAGAAAGAGAGAAGGUUACGAAGAGGGCGACUACACACAGUUCAAGGAAUGCUCGGUCUCGGAGUUCAUCAACACCACCGACCCGAUCGCCAUUCUCGGUUCAUACAACAAGCUCAGCUUCACACAGACCCCCGGUGGAGAUCUCGCGCUCGCCACCUUGGAUCGACUAGAGGAGACCACAGACGAGAUCCGCAAAUGCUGUGAUGAUUUGAAGGUCCUGGGUAAGAAGGAAUUCCGGAACUUGCUCAAAUGGCGUCUCAAGGUCCGGGAGAAGUUCGGCCUCGUCACGAAGAAGGGACAGCAGCAGAAGGGCGAAGAGGCCGAAGAAGUUGCGGAGAUCGCCCCCAUGGAUGAGGAGCUGGCUAUCCAGGAAGAACUGCUCCGACUCCGCGAGAAGGAAACGUCCAAGAUGAAGAGGGAAAGACGCAAGGAGAACGAGAAGAAGCGCAAGGAAAUUGUCCGUAUGCAGAUGCACAUGACGACGCCCAUGGACAUCGGUAUGGAACAGCUGGGACCCGGCGGAGACGAUGCAACCUUCUCCAUCAAGCCUGUCGACCGGAAUAAUGCCCGUGAUGUCAUCGCAGCUGGCAAGGAGGCUACGAUCGAAAGCGACAGCGAGGGCAGUGACGACGAAUCCGAUAUAGAGGAGAGCGACGAAGAGGGCGACCGCCUUGAGCGCGAACUGGACACUUUGUAUGAGCGAUACCAGGAGCGCAAGGAGGAUAAGGACACUAAGCUGCGGGCCAAGAAAGCUAGAAAGGGCUACGAGGCUGACGAAUGGGAUGGCUUCUCGGAUGAGAACAAGGGAGAUAGCGACGAUGAAGAAGAGGAGGAGACUAGUGCUGCGGUAAAUGGCGUGCAAGCACCGAAGUCUGGAUCGCUUUCCAACCACGCCGCGCUAUUCUUUGACCAGGACAUGUUCGAAGGUCUCGAGGAUAUCGAUGAUGUGGAAGACGAGGAAGAGGAGGAAGAAGACGAUGAUGAAGAGGAAGAUGAAGAAGAUGAAGAGGAUGACUCUGAGGAGGAUUCUGAGGAGGAAAGUGCUGUUGAGGUCGACAACCGUCGUAAGGCCAAGCAAGCCAAGAACUCGAAGCAGAAGGCCGAAGACUCCGAGGAUGAGGAGCCUGUUCAGCUCGAGGACCCGCGGAAGGCCAAUGGACAGCUUGACAUCGAUAUCAUCACCGCAGAGGCCAUGGCUCUGGCGCAACAGAUGGCUACGGGUGAAAAGAAACAGAAUGACGUGGUUGACGACGGGUUCAACCGCUACGCCUUUCGGGAUGUCGACGGUCUGCCGGAGUGGUUCCUUGACGAUGAGGGCAAGCACAGUGCCCCGAACCGCCCCAUCACCAAGGCGGCAGCUGCCGCCAUCAAGGAGAAGUGGCGUGCUAUCAACGCUCGCCCUAUCAAGAAGGUGAUGGAGGCCAAGGGCCGGAAGAAGUUCAAGGCUGCCCAGCGGUUGGAGAAGUUGCGCAAGAAGUCCGCCUUGUUGGCGGAUGACGAGGCUCUGAGUGAGAGAGACAAGGCGCAAUCGAUUGCGAAACUGAUGGCGCGUGCCACGAAGAAGAAGCCCAAGACGCAAGUGAAGCUGGUGGUGGCCAAGGGUGCCAACCGGGGUAUCUCGGGUCGUCCCAAGGGUGUCAAGGGUCGGUACAAGAUCGUGGAUUCCCGUAUGAAGAAGGAUAUCCGGGCGCAGAAGCGGGUUGCGAAGAAGAAGCAGAAAUAGAAGCGCCGAGGGAUUGUGUAAUGGUGCACAAAAUGAUGGUUGUUCGCAGUCUGGAUUCUUGUAAAUACCCUCCCUCAAAAUCUCACGAUACCUACUGUUGUGCAUUUGUUUUGCAUGUGUUACUGGGAAGGUGUGUAUUUACUGCACUAUAUGUAGUCGAUAAAGAGC